UAUCUUUGAAUUCAUCAAAAUCCAUUAAUAUUAAUAUUUACACAAAUACAGAAAGAGUGUAUAAAUCAAGAAAAGAGUGUGAGAGUAAAGCUGAUUUGCCUUUGGUACUGCUGCAAUUCGUCACCACAUGCAUACCACUUUUCCACUGCAAAUUCAACUUUGGACCCCCAAUUUUUUACCUCAUCUGCAAGAAAAGAACACUUGUUUUAAUUCCCUCCUUAAAUUUCACAAUCUCCUGCCUCAAAAUCAUAGAUUUGAUGAUACCUAUCCAUUCAUUCACUAACUAUGAAACCAAUUAAGAGCUUUUGAGUUCUGAAUUCCCAAACCACAAUCCAUUGAAUCCAAGAAUGAGAUCAGGCGGUUGUGCCGUGCAGCAAGCCCUCACCUCGGAGGCGGCGGGCAUGGUAAAACAGGCGGUGGUGGUGGCGAAGCGUCGCGGGCACGCGCAGGUGACGCCGCUGCACGUGGCGAACAGCAUGCUAGCGGCGGCGGGCGGCGUGCUCCGAUCAGCCUGCCAGCAGUCGCACUCCCACCCCCUCCAAUGCAAGGCCCUCGAGCUCUGCUUCAAUGUGGCCCUCAACCGCCUCCCCGCCACCGCCAACCCCAUCCACUACCCUUCCAUCUCCAACGCCCUCGUCGCCGCCUUCAAGCGCGCCCAAGCCCACCAGCGCCGCGGCGCCGCCGACACCCAGCAGCAGGCGGCCGCCGCCCUCCUGGCCGUCAAGAUCGAGCUCGAGCAGCUCAUCAUCUCCAUACUCGACGACCCCAGCGUCAGCAGGGUCAUGAGGGAAGCCGGCUUCUCCAGCACCCAAGUCAAAAACAAUGUUGAGAAAUCCAUCGCUUCGGAGCUCCGCCCUCAACCACCGCGCCGCAGCCGCAGCCGCAGCCGCAGUAACGAAAUACAAAACAAGGUCGUAAUCCUCGACCCCGACAACGAGGAUUCGAACAUCAUAAUCGAGACGCUGGUGAUAAGCAAGAGAAACAGAAACUUGGUCGUUGUCGGCGAGAGCGUUUCGAGCGUGGAGAAGGCGGUGCGGCGGCUGAUGGAGAGGGUCGAGGGAGGCCAAGUUCCUGAGGCGUUGAGCGGAUUGAAAUUCGUGAGCAUACCCCCCUUCUACACCUUCUGCAAUGUCCGAAGAGAGCUGGUGCAGCAGAAGAUCCAAGAAUUGGGGUUUCUUGCAAAGAGCCUUGUCAGAGAAGGGGUGGUUUUGUACUUGGGUGAUCUCAACUGGAUCAGUGAAUAUAGGGUUAGUAAUGUGGAGAGAGGGAGAAGAGAGAGAAGCUACUACUGCUCCGUGGAGCACAUGAUCAUGGAGCUCGGCCGAUUGGUUUCCAGCUUGGGAUCGGGAGGAAGAAUUUGGCUCCUAGGAAUUGCUACUUUUCAAACUUACAUCAGGUGCAGAAAUGGCUACGAUUCACUUGAAACCAUCUGGCGAUUGCAUCCGCUCACAAUUCCCGCCAAUAGUCUCGGACUCAGCCUUGUUCCUCACGGUGGUAAUGAAGCCGGAACUGGUCUUGAUUGUUCAUCAUCAGAUUUUGGAGGCGAAGAAGCUCAAAAUCUGCAACUUGGGCCCACAUUGUUGCCUUCUUGGCUCAAGGAUGAAAGUAAACGACUUUCUAACUACAAUGAUCAGGAAGUGUCCAACAACAGACAACCUAAAUCGCUCGAGAAAACCCUAACACUGUCAUGCGCGUCACCGUCUUCGUCUACCUCUUGCUUCUCGAGCGACCAACGCAACCCUAAUUUACAGAAGCUCCAUCUCUCCCCUUCAUCGAAUCUCUCCUCAGCCGGAAAGUUCAAAGAGUUCAACGCCCAAAACCUAAACAUCCUAUGCAAUGCGCUGGAGGAGAAGGUUCCAUGGCAGAAAGCGAUCAUUCCAGAGAUCGCAGGGACUAUACUGCAAUGCAGAUCGGGGAUGCUACGACGAAAAUCACAAGGCAAUGUGGAGGCCAAAGAGGAGACGUGGCUUUGCUUCCUCGGCCCCGACGCACGUGCGAAAAGGGAAAUCGCCAGGAAUUUGGCUGAAUGCGUGUUUGGGUCGUAUUCGAAGCUCGUGUGCUUGAGUUCAUGCGGGGAGGGAUUGGCUGCGGCGGUUUCGGAGAAUCCGCAUCGCGUGUUCUUGGUGGAGGAUUUCGAGUUGGCGGAUCGGUCGUGGCGGAGGAGGAUAAAGGGGGCGAUUGAGAGGGGGAGAGUGAGGGCCGAGAAUGGCGAGGAGUUUGGAUUGUGCGACGCCAUUGUUGUGCUGAGCUGUGAGAGACUUGGUUCAGUGAGGAAUGCGGAAGAAGAAGAAGAAGAUGUUAGUUUGGAUUUGAAUAUGUGUUUGCGCGGUCAUGAUGAUUUAGGGAUUCUUCAAAAUGUCGAUAGCCUUCUACUUUUCUAAAAUCUGUAUAUUCUUAAGUAGACCAAAACAAUUUCUUUUAUCUUCUCUGCUUUUUCUUCA